AUGGAUUUCGAUAAAGCUUUAGAAAAAUGCGGAAAUUAUGGUCCUUAUCAAUUUGUGGUUCUGCUGUUUGGUUACACCAACUUUAUGUCCUCCAUGCACUAUUACUCUCAAACUUUAUCUUUUACACCCGAUCAUUGGUGUUAUCAUGAGCAGUUGGAGAAUAAAACAUAUUCGGAAAUUGCUGAGAUUUAUAAGAAUUUUUCAAAGCCUCAUUGCACUUUAUUGCAAUAUAAUGAGGAUGCAUUUGAAGAGGUGGAAAAUGGAGAAUGUCACAAAUGGUUUUAUAAAAAAGAAAAUGGCUACGAAAGUAUAACUACGGAGCUAAACUUGGUUUGUGACUCAACCUAUCUAUCAGCAGUAAGUCAAUCAUAUUUUGUGGGUGCUGUUAUUGGGACCAUUUCUUUUGGUAUCUUGGCUGAUCGUAUUGGCCGUUUACCAGCCAUAAUUUUGAGCACCAUUUCGGGUGGUUUGGGAGACUUUUUAUCUUCUUUUGUCAAUAGUGUGGAACUGUUUGCUUUGACCCGUUUUAUCUCCGGUCUAGCAACCGAUACAUUUUUUGUUCUCAUGUAUAUACUGACCUUUGAAUAUCUCAAUCCCAAGAAACGCACUUUUGGUCUUAAUUUUAUAACUGGCACUUUUUAUUGUGCCGGUUUAAUGUUGUCACCCUUUGCUUUGUGGGUAAAAUCAUGGCGUUAUUAUUUAUUAAUUGCCUCGGUCCCAGUUCUGUUAUUUUUAAUCUACCCUUUGCUUAUAUGUGAAUCGGCUAGCUGGUUGUUAACCCGGGAAAAAUAUGAUCUUGCUGUAAAGUGCUUAAAGCGUGUGGCUAAAUUCAAUGGAAGACAAGUAGAGGAGAAAGUAUUUGAUGAAUUUGUGGAGUAUUACAAACAAAAAGCUUUAGAAGAGCAAAAACUUAAAAACAGUGAUACCUUUUGGGGCAUGUUUCGAACGCCACGCCUAAGGAAAUUUACCAUUAUACUACUGAUCAAAAG